AAGACUGCGCUCCGCUCUUGGCAUCGCAAUCCUGACUGGCCCUUGAUCCGCGCAAUUCAGAGCGCACCUCGAUUCGCGCGUGUGUCAUUGUCGAGUUGCUCCGCGCUGUCAGGGCUACGCUGGCGCGGCACAAGCUCUGAGAUGGAAAGCGGGCGCGGCAGAGAGAGUGAGCUGCGCGCGGCACGCAAAAGAGGAAAAGAAGGACAAAACAGGAGAGGAAGCAAAAAGCUGAGCUCCUUUUGUCCUCUCGGUAAACCGAUGACAGCAACGAUGGUCAGCUACUUUUCAUCUCCGUCGCCGCGAAGAGGUUCAACGGUAAGACUUUCCGCUCAGAAGCGAGAGCGGCCGCUGUCGAUGUCGCUUGGUCGUCGGAGGCUCCAGGUUCUGGGCAACUCGUCAAUCCGUCUGCUCCGCUAUAUCCUGGUGCCUUCCCUCUGACUUCCGCUGCGAACGACGACUGCUCGGAUUUGGGCACCAGCUCAGCGCGGCCCUUUUGUGCUGUACGAACAAGGAGCAAGUGGCUAUAAAGGGAGGC